AUGAAGGAUAUCUUGGUCGGUCCUGAAAAGCGCCGUGCCGACAUCAACACAGGCCUUUUUGUGAUGCGCAUGUCGCCCAUGGUGGAGGACCUGAUGUUAACGACCAUGCGAAUCUUCAAGGACCAGGAGUUUGUGCACGGCGACUACCAGCAGUACUCCCUGGUCCAGGCGCUGGACCAGCUGCCAGGUGUCCGCGUCGGCGUCGCGGGGAGCGACUGGCUCACGAACGGCAACGUCUUCUGGGGCCACCGCGAGCUGCUCAAGGCGUCGGACGUGAUCUCCGUGCACGCCAACUGGAUGACGUCCACGAUGAAGGUCCCGUGCCUGAAGGAGGCGGGCCUCUGGAUCGACAAGGGCGCCCCGAAGAGGCUCACGUUCCAGCCGCCGACGCACAGCCGGCCAGAGGGCAUGCUGGACUCCAGGGGCGCCACGAUCGAGAUCUGCGGCGCCGACGCCGUGGCGGCCGCGCCUGCCUCCCAGCCCAACCCGCCGAGGCCGGCGCCCCAACAGGAGGGGGAGGGGCCCACCAGGCCGACUGAGCCAGGGUGUUACGUCUGGCUGCCCAGCGGAUGUCCGAACCACAAGUUCAACGCCAAGGACUUCUGGCGCAAGAGGGAGGACGCCAACGUCCGCAGCCAGUACCUAGUCGACGUGAAGGAGAUGCUGGACGCGUGGUGCGGCUCCACAGACGCCCAGAUGUUGUUCAUCGCCCCCCCGCCGCCUACCCCGCCAGCCCCGAAGGGCCACAGGUGCUACAUCUACAUGCCGAGUGGUUGCGAGAAGCGCAUGUUCAAGACGCCGAUCUGGAGGGAGCUCUCCUCGGCUACCUAUCCCAACAGAGACAGGUGGUGCGACGUGGACGAUGCCAUGGCCCUGUGGGUGGAGUAG